AUGGCCUCAGAUCUUCCGCCGAUUAUCGCCAGACAUGGUGGCCCUGAGAUAGAUGAGGACGAUUGCGGCUACGUAUGGCAAAUCCCAGCCGCAGAAAGGUGCCAGUGGACGAAGGAAACGCAAGACUGCCUUACGGACGCGGCGAUACAGUACAUACCCGGUUUGUUCUGCGCAUUUUCGUCGGAGAACACGGCGUUAAUCACUCUUGGAAUUAUUCUGUACAUGCUGUGGCUCCUUUACUUGUUCCUCAUCCUAGGAACUACCGCCGACAACUUCUUUUGCCCCGCUCUGAGCAUAAUCGCCGAGAUAAUGCACCUCUCGGACAACAUCGCCGGGGUGACGAUCCUCGCCUUCGGUAACGGAGCACCCGACAUCUUCACGGCCCUCGUCGCUCCCGCCGAGGAGACGGUCGUCAUGUUCAACGAGCUCAUUGGCGCCGGGGUCUUCGUUACCACGGUCAUAGCCGGUUCCAUAGCCGUCGUCCAGCCGUUUAGAGUAAAGUUUCGCCCGUACAUCCGCGACACCACGUUCUACGUCGGUGCCGUAUGCUGGAUAGCCUACGUUAUCGGCGACGAGUCCGUUCACAUAUGGGAAGCCAUGAGUCUCAUUUUCGUGUACGUCGGAUUUAUCGUCGUCGUUGUCAUUGGGCAGAUGAUUGAUAAUAGAAAAAACGUGACACAAGAUCGAAUACCGAGCCUGUACGACCGCACCGUGUUGAAAACUUACUUGGUUAACCGGGACGAAACUCUCAUCCCACGGCUACCCACACGCGCCAAGGCUGUCGGAUUACAAUCAAAACUGGACAUCGUGUUGGACGUUGAGCGGAAGAAUGCCUUGGCCAAAGAUGACACGACGGAGGAUUCGAGCAUCGACGACGGCGCUUCGCGCCGACCUCAGGGACUCUUUCGAGAAUUCCUCUUCGACGUUUCGCCCAUGAACAUGGAGGACUGGUCGGAGGCCUCGAAGUGUACGCGCAUUUACAUAAUCCUUCGAGCAAUCCCUAUGGCCUUCCUACAGUUCCUGAUCCCCGUGGUCAAUCAGACCGCGGUGAAACGAGGCUGGUCGAAGCUCCUCAACUGCACGCAGCUCUGCAUCACGCCUGUAGCCAUUACUUUUCUAUUUGACGUUUGGUCGUACUCCAUUGGUCCCGUUCCUUUGUACGGAUUGGUUUUGGUGCUCGGGAUCAGCGGCGGGAUGUUCGUUUUCCUUACAACUGACCUGGACAGAGUGCCGAAGUUUCACAACGCAUUCGCGUUCCUGGGAUUCUUCGCAGCGAUGGCAGUUGUAUAUUUGAUAGCUAAGGAAGUCUACUCGGUUCUCCACACAAUAGGGACCGCUUUGAAAAUAUCCGACAGCACUUUGGGAAUGAUGUUUCUUGCAUGGGGAAACAGCAUCGGUGACCUCAUAUCAAACGUGGCGAUAGCAAAGCGGGGCUAUCCUCGAAUGGGGUUCGCCGCCUGCUUCGGAGGGCCGUUGUUCAACACCCUCUUGGGCAUGGGUCUCACCUACGGAAUCGCUGCGGCAAAACACGAUGACCUGCGAACUCAAGUAAGAGCCAGCGCAAUGGGCCCCGGGUGCAUAGCCUUUCUGCUGUGCUCGCUCAUGGCCUCGGCCUCUUACCUUACCACUACCGGGUACCUCGCCCGACGAUCCUACGGCUUCAUGCUCUACAGCAUUUACUUCAUGUUCAUGCUAAUAUGCAUUCUCAGCGAGAUUGGCUUCAUUCAUCCCCUGGGGUCAGAUCACAGGGAUGACUGA